CGCUCACACACAGUCACACUCUCACAACAAUGGCGAGCACAAACCCCGGCAACAAAAGCACGAGAUUCUUCUCUCCGCACCCCCACAGCCACACCCAAUGCACCCGCACCCAUCAGAUCGCCGCCCUGGCACUCAUCGUCGGCACUUUCUUUCUCACCAGACUCUUCGACCACUCUCUCAGCUCCUGCACUUCACCCUACCGCAACUCAUUCUCCGAUCCGAACCAGUACAUCGCGCCAGACGACGUCGUUCGGUUCGAGGGCUCCGGCGGAUACGGUACUCACCUGAGUUUGCGGAUCUACGUGUACGAUGAGGACGAGAUCGAGGGUUUGAAGCUGCUGUUGUACGGACGCGAGGGGAAGAUUUCUGCCGACGCUUGCGUCAAAGGCCAGUGGGGCACUCAGGUUAAGAUACAUAGGUUGCUUUUACAAUCAACAUUUCGAACUAAAAAGAAAGAGGAAGCAGAUCUGUUCUUUGUGCCAUCUUACGUUAAAUGUGUCCGAAUGAUGGGUGGACUCAGUGAUAAAGAGAUCAACCAAACUUAUGUCAAGGUUUUAAGUCAAAUGCCAUAUUUCAGGUUAUCCGGUGGCCGCAAUCAUGUUUUUGUUUUUCCAAGUGGUGCUGGAGCUCAUUUGUUCAAGUCAUGGGCGACAUAUUUAAAUAGAUCUAUAAUUCUGACUCCGGAGGGUGACCGGACUGAUAAACGAGACACGACUGCCUUCAAUACAUGGAAAGAUAUAAUCAUACCUGGUAAUGUUGAUGAUGGAAUGACAGCUCACAAGUCUAGGCUGGUUGACCCUCUGCCGUUAUCAAGGAGAAAAUACUUGGCAAAUUAUUUGGGUCGAGCUCAAGGAAAGGCUGGCCGUUUGCAAUUGAUAGAUCUUGCAAAACAAUACCCUGAUAAGUUGGAAUCUCCAGAGUUGAAAUUCAGCGGCCCUGAAAAACUUGGAAGGACAGAAUACUUUCAACACCUACGCAAUGCAAAAUUCUGUUUGGCCCCACGCGGGGAGUCAUCAUGGACUCUUCGGUUUUACGAGUCAUUCUUUGUGGAAUGUGUUCCAGUUCUUUUAUCAGACCAAGCGGAAUUGCCUUUUCAGAAUAUAGUCGAUUAUGCCCAAAUUUCAAUUAAAUGGCCAUCCACUCGAAUCGGAACACAACUUUUGGAUUACUUGGAAUCAAUCCCAGAUAAAUAUAUAGAGGACAUGAUAGCGAAGGGUAGACGAGUGAGGUGCUUAUGGGUGUAUUCUCCGGAAUCUGAAUCAUGCUCUGCUUUCAGAGGAAUUCUGUGGGAGCUUCAGAAGAAAGUGAGAAAAUUCCAUAACUCAGCCGAAACGUUUUGGUUGCAUAAUGGUUCUAUCGUUAAUAGAGAUUUGGUCGAGUUUAGCAAAUGGAAGACGCCUAUGCCUUUGCCCUAAUUCUUUUUUUUUUUUUUUUUUUUUUUUUAAUACGUGUUUUAGAUUCGUCAACUUUCGUGUAUUACUGAAUUUCCAAUCGUAUGAAAAACCGCAGAUUCUCCUGUCCGACGAAAGAAAAUUUAAAAAGUGAAAUGAAAUGUUUACUUCGGUCACA